AUGGAGAGUGGAGCAGGAAGGCACUGGACUGAAGAGGAGGUUAAAGCCUUGUUAAGCGUCUGGUCAGAAAAAAAUAUCAGAAAGCAGCUCCAUGGAACACUGAGGAAUAAAGGGAUAUUUAUUUACAUUGCUAAAAGGCUGCAGGAGUUGGGGAUCUGCAGAGACUGGAAACAAUGUCGUGCAAAGUAUAAAAACCUGAAAUAUGAAUAUAGGACAGUUAAAUAUGCCCACAACUCAGGAGAUGCUACAAAGACCAUGAAGUUUUUCCAUGAACUGGAUGCCAUAUUGCAACAUGAACCUGUCACACAAUUAAAAGAGGAAGAAAACGGCAGGUGCUCAGCAAAUGAGAUCAUAAAUGCCACCAGAGAGAACAAUGAAGGUGAUGCCUUACUUAAAGAGGAAGAUACUUCCGCAAAUCCACUACUUUUUAUUUCACACUGCAGGCCCAUUCAAUUAGGUAAUACAUAUCUGUGUCUCUCUCCUAUCCUACCUGAUGCAGGUAACCCAACAGCAAUACUAGACACUUCAAAAACCCCAUCCUUUAUUCCAUCUGUAGCAAACGAAGGAGGAAAGCACUGGACUGUCAAUGAAGUGAGAGCUCUAAUACGUGUGUGGUCAGACAAAAGCGUCCAGCAGCAACUGGAAGGAACUGUGAGAAACAAAAGAAUAUUUGAACACGUUGCUGCUAGACUUCAAAAGUUUGGAAUUGACAGAGACUGGAAACAGUGCAGGACAAAGUACAAAAAUCUAAAACAUGAAUACAAGAGUGUAAAAAAUGCCCAGUUUUUAGGCAACACAAGCAAAACCAUGAAGUUUUUUAAGGAACUGGAUGCCAUACUGGGACGCAGCAGUGCAGGUAAAACAAACAGAUCAGACAACAACACCAGUGAGAAGCCAGCAGAAUGGGCAGAAAUUAAAAUAGAAAGAAAUUACUCAGAAAUGCACAGAGAUGCUGGCGAGGAAGAUUCAGUCAGCAGUAUGUCAGGAGAUCAGGGGCUCACAGACAGACAGAAAGUGGCAGAAACAGUGCUCCAUGAAGGUAACUAUGCAAAUGGUCAUUUAGGCCAGCCAGUUAUGGUAUACAUGAAGGAAGAUAUAAAAGAAGAAGUUGAUGAUUUAGAAUUCCCAGAUGAUGAAGAGGAUUCCACAAAUGCAGAUGGUAUGGAGCUCACACACAUAAAGAAAGAAUCAAUUGACAUAGAUGAGGACUCGGUCAGCACAGUCUCAGAGGAUGCAUCUGGUUUUUCAAUAUGUAAAAAGAUCACAGAUGCAGAAAAUCAAAUAUCCUUGGACGAAGCACAGAACCACUUUAGGGUUAUCACAGUUAAUGAUGCAGGAGUAGGAAAACACUGGUGUGAUAAUGAAGUCAGAGCUUUGAUAAAUAUAUGGUCAGAUGAAGAAAUCCAGAAAACUCUUGAAGGAGCAACAAGAAAUAAGGAUAUAUUUGAGGAGAUUGCCAGAAGGUUAAUGAAAGUUGGAAUAGACAGAGACUGGAAGCAGUGUCGGACAAAGUACAAGAACUUAAAAUAUGAAUACCGGGCACUGCAAAAGGAAAACCAUCAGCUUGGCAAUGCCAGAAGGAAGAUGAGAUUUUAUGAUGAAAUUGACUGCAUUUUGAGAAGCCAGCCCUUAGAUACAGUUGCAAAAGCUAUCACAAAUGCAGGUUCACUGAAUGUCAAGAGAAAAGCAUCCGAAGACGAGCCUUCACCUGUUCUGUUUAAGAAGAAUGCUUCAGAUACUGUACCCACCCAAACAGAAAAUAUAUCUGAGAGCAUGCAUUCUGUCAUCCACAGCCAAAGGACACUGUUAGAGAGAUUUUACAGUCAGGAAGGAAUACAGGAUAUCAGUGAAACACAGCUGGAUACUGUCCUCCCCGGAGUACAACAGGUGCCUCAGGCCGCCGUCCCCGCCGCCGCGAUGCCUCCGAUCCCGCCAGAGUUAAAGCUUGGCAAAAAAGUAAAUGAGGGCAAAACGAAAGAGGUUUAUGAAUUGCCAAGUCUCCCAGGAUGUGUUCUGAUGCAAUCAAAAGACCAAAUAACUGCUGGAAAUGCAGCUAGAAAAGAUGUCAUGGAAGGGAAGGCUGCCAUCUCGAAUGCAACAACAAGCUGUGUGUUCCAGUUGCUUCAGGAGUCUGGGGUCAAAACUGCUUUUGUCAGAAAGCAUAGCAAUACAGCAUUCAUAUCUGCUCAUUGUGAAAUGAUUCCAAUUGAAUGGGUUUGCAGAAGAAUUGCAACAGGUUCUUUCCUGAAGAGAAAUCCCGGUGUCAAAGAAGGCUACCGAUUUUACCCACCUAAAAUUGAGAUGUUUUAUAAGGAUGAUGCAGCAAAUGACCCUCAAUGGUCUGAGGAGCAAAUCAUUGAAGCAAAGUUCCGGUUUGCUGGCCUUGAGAUUGGACAGUGUGAAGUCGAUAUCAUGGCCCACUCGACUCAAGCUAUUUUUGAAAUACUAGAAAAAGCAUGGCAGCCUCAGAACUGUACUUUGGUGGAUAUGAAGGUUGAGUUUGGUGUUAAUAUAGCCACGAAAGAAAUUGUCCUUGCUGAUGUCAUCGAUAACGACUCUUGGAGAUUGUGGCCAUCUGGAGACAGAAAGCAGCAGAAAGACAAGCAGUCUUACCGCGAUCUCAAAGAAGUGACCCCCGAAGCGCUGCUGAUGGUGAAGAGAAACUUUGAAUGGGUGGCAGAAAGAGUUGAGCUGUUGCUGAAACCACAGACCCAAGGCAGAGUGGUUGUGCUCAUGGGAUCGCCGUCUGAUCUUGAUCACUGCGAAAAAAUUAAAAAGGCAUGUGGAAGCUAUGGCAUUCCUUGUGAAUUAAGAGUAACAUCUGCCCAUAAAGGGCCAGAUGAGACACUGAGAAUCAAGGCUGAAUAUGAAGGCGAUGGUGUUGCUACAGUAUUUGUAGCAGUGGCUGGUAGAAGCAAUGGAUUGGGGCCUGUGAUGUCUGGCAACACUGCCUAUCCAGUUGUCAACUGUCCUCCACUUUCAGCAGAGUGGGGUGCUCAGGAUGUGUGGUCAUCUCUAAGGCUUCCCAGUGGUCUUGCCUGUUCUACAGUUCUUUCACCUGAAGGUGCUGCACAGUUUGCUGCACAGAUUAUGGGGCUGAAUAACCACUUCAUAUGGGCCAAGCUGCGAGCAAACAUGUUGAAUGUGUGGAUCUCCCUAAAGCAGGCUGACAAGAAGAUGAGAGAAUGUACUUCCUAGAUAGCUUCUUUUAAUACAAUUUCUGUAUUGUUCACCUGGCAAUUAAUAUGCCAUUGUAUUCACAUUGACUUAGCUAGAAGUUCUUUCUAUACCUCUUUAUCUGAGAGGUAUGUUUUACCGCUGUAACAAAAGAUGACCAAUUUUUGGCUUUCUGGAAGCUAUUGAAAGUUAACCACCUUGCUUUUGUUUCAAUAUGGAUUCAUUCUUCUGGCUGAUCAAUUGAGAUCAGUCUUAUUAUAUAGAACUGGUUAUUUGUAUCUACUGUUUUAAUGUACUGUUAAUUCUUAGGCUUUUACAUAAAGGCUAGCAAUACAACAAAGCAAUAGUCUACUCUAGUUUAAGAGCUUGUUCUAAAAUUUAACCUGACAUGGUUAACAAUAUGUGGAUAGUCAGCUAUUUUACAUGAGAAUAUCUUACAGUAUUCAUUAACAGCAGCCCUAUGCCUAUUCAGCUUAUGACAGGAAUGUUGGUAGAUUUUGCCUCUGUUUAUAAUGGCCAAAGACUUGAAGCUGUAUCUUACAGGCUAAUGUUUAAAAAAACUAGAAUUGGUAGUAGUACCUGUACAGAAUGCCGGGCGGGGAGAGGGACAACCUGACAACUUUAAAUUGCUACAAUAAAACUAGCUUUCAUCACUGAAA